AUACUCCCCGUCGCGCAAUGACGUCCGUUAGGAAAAGUGGAGUCGAAUUCAUUUUUACACAGCGCUGUCUUUUCUAUGUUCGAAAGGAAGCACAUUUUCAUCUCUCCUUGACCCGAUCACGUUCUCCACAAAGGUUAAGUAAAGGAGGCAUAAAGGUUAGGAGAUUUGACUAUUCGUAGAGGAAUUGGGCCACAGCUAAGGAGUCUCACCGCGUCCGCCAUCUUGUCGUCACGUGACAGCACUUGGACGUUGGAUGUCCAUGUCCUACAGGCUGCAGCGAGACCUUACUCGAAAAAACAGAGUACGGACUCUCAUGGGUAAAGUAGGUUUAGCGGAGGAGUGACACGCCCUUCCACCAAUCGAUUCAUCGUACAACAUUGUCACUUCUGGGUUCUAAGCCAAUGGUGUUCCUCUGUCAACAGUGCAAUCCAUCCUAAAGAGUGGUUGCCUUUAGCUUAGACUACGUGAUGUGCAACGCGUAUGCAACAAUGUUGUGCCAGUGUAUCUUUAACCCGUUGUUUUAUUCCGAAAUUUAACCCCUCGACCCGUCAGGACUUCGUCGCGCGGCCAACCCGAGCUCCUCUCAGAUGUGGACGCAGACAGGACCCGACGCGCGUCGUUGUCACUGUUGUUUUGAUGAGAAGGUGGUCGGGAGGUUAGGAUCGCGUUGUUUCACAGACGGGGUCCCCGUCCUCAUCAACAUUUCAAGAUGAGGCUCUUCUUUGCUCUUCUGAAACACAACAACCCCAAAAUAGAGUACUACUCCCGGUUCUCUCCAUCCCCGCUGUCCAUCAAACAGUUCCUGGAUUUCGGCCAGGAGAAUGCGUGUGAAAAGACGUCGUACAUGUUCCUCCGUAAGGAGCUCCCAGUGCGCCUGGCCAACACCAUGAGAGAGGUCAACCUGCUGCCCGAUCAGCUGCUCAGCCAGCCCUCGGUCCGGCUGGUCCAGAAGUGGUACAUGCAGAGCUUUGUAGAGCUGCUGGACUACGAGAACAGAAAAGGGGAGGACCCUCAAGUUCUGAAUGAUUUCCUGGACUUGUUGAUCGAGAUCCGUAAUCGCCAUAACGACGUGGUCCCGACCAUGGCCCAGGGGGUCAUUGAGUACAAGGAGAAGUUUGGCUUCGACCCGUUCAUCAGCAGCAGCAUCCAGUACUUCCUGGACCGCUUCUACACCAAUCGCAUCUCCUUCCGCAUGCUCAUCAACCAGCACACAUUGCUGUUUGGCAACGACACCAACCCCGCACAUCCCAAGCACAUCGGCAGCAUCGACCCCGCCUGCAACGUGGCCGAGGUGGUCCGAGAUGCCUACGAGACAGCCAAGAUGCUCUGUGAGAAGUACUACAUGGCUUCCCCUGACCUCAAGGUUGAAGAGUUUCACACUCAUGCUCCAAAGCCUAUCCAGGCUGUGUACGUGCCUUCCCACCUCUUCCACAUGCUGUUUGAGCUCUUCAAGAACUCCAUGCGAGCCACGGUAGAGCUUCACGAAGACAGCGAGGGCGGCCUGCCGCCGGUGAAGGCCAAAGUGACUCUGGGAAAAGAGGACCUCUCCAUCCUGAUCAGUGAUCGAGGAGGCGGAGUUCCCCUACGGAAGAUCGACCGUCUGUUUAACUACAUGUACUCCACGGCCCCCGCGCCCAGCUUUGAACCAGGAGCUGUCCCCCUGGCCGGGUUCGGCUAUGGCCUGCCCAUCUCGCGGCUCUACGCGCGCUACUUCCAGGGGGAUCUGAAGCUGUAUUCCAUGGAGGGGGUGGGCACCGACGCCGUCAUCUACCUGAAGGCCCUGUCCAGUGAGUCGUUUGAGCGGCUGCCUGUGUUCAACAAGUCGGCCUGGCGCCACUACAAGGUCGGCCCCGAGGCGGACGACUGGAGCAACCCCAGCACGGAGCCCCGGGACACCAGCGUGUCCAAGUACAAGGCCAAGAGAUGACUUCCCCCCCCCCCCCCCCCCCCCCCCCCAACACACCUCCCUCCCCCCAUGCCAACCAGCCUCUCUGUGUCGUGUCGUAGAUGCUUCGGUUCAGCCUCGGCUCCAGAUGAACAUUCCAGCGGUCCACGCCCCGGUCGUCGUGGUGACGAGGUACGAUGGAGACCCCCCAGCGCGUGUGUGGUGGGCCCUAGUGCGUGUGUGGUGGGACCUAGUGCGUGUGUGGUGGGACCUAGUGUCCAUGUUGGUUAUACACCAAGAAUAAAGAUGGCCGCUAGGUGGAUAGAGCCCUACUAUUCUCAAUAAUUCUAAAAAGGAGUAAUAAACAAAAUGAGGACCUAAAUGAACCCUCCAUCCGGCAUAAGAAAAGGUCCGGUGUGCUUAGCGAAUCAGUGGUCAUGAGCUCAUUCUAGCAAUCUCUAUUCUAUUUCCUCUAUUUCUCCAGAGUGUGGUGGACUGAGGUCUUUGUUCAGUCCCCUUCCCCCUCAGUCUCUGCUCUCCCCGGCCAUUCAGCGUUAUCAGCUCUGGUAUCAGCCGGGCUAAGCUUUGUCUCUUGCUUUUCACCGUACACUCCUCUCACAGACAGACCGACAGACAGACAGACAGACAGACAGACAGACUGACAGACUGACAGACAGACAGACAGACAAGGGAUUUGUGGGUGGGACGACUACGGUUUUCAUUUCCUGUUCCCUCGGGAGCUGCGUCUGACUGGACACACGAGCGGCGGCGGUGUGAUGGUGUCUUGGUCAGUCAGUGUCCGUGUCGGGACGGUGCUGCUGAACUGCAGGUCGAACCUGGAGAGCAGGAAGUGCCGCUGCUGCUCUGACGACAGGAGCAGCAGCUGAUUGGACGUUCCCAUGAGGAUGGAGGAGCAGCAGCUGAUUGGACGUUCCCGUGAGGAAGGAGGAGCAGCAGCUGAUUGGACGUUCCCGUGAGGAAGAAGGAAACGUUUAUCAGAACAAAAUAGGAAAAACCUGACACGCUAUUUAAUGACCCAAUGUAUUUAAUAUGAACGAAGCCUUUCUGCCAGAAAUUGUAUAUAUAUGUGUGUGUGUAUAUAUGUAUAUAUGUAUAUAUAUAUAUAUAUAUAUAUAUAUAUGCCGUAAUUGUUUAGUUUUUUAUUAGCCUCAACAGCUCGAAUUUUGUAUUAUUUUGAAAUUAAGGCGAGUUAGAACUUUUGUGUCUUUAGAGAGCAAAACCCAAAUCAGCUGAUCAGCAUUUAUUUUUUGCUCGGCUUCAGGGAAGCUCCUGAUUGGACGCUUGUCAAAGCCCUGGACCUGCCCUCAAGAGGACCCCAGUCACCCCCACAUACUGCCUCGGCAGUACUAGGUACUGGUACUAGGUACUGGGUACUGGUACUGGGUACUGGUACUGGGUACUAGGUACUGGUACUAGGUACUGGUACUGGGUACUGGUACUGGUACUAGGUACUGAUACUGGUACUAGGUACUGGUACUAGGUACUGGUACUAGGUACUGAUACUGGUACUAGGUACUGGUACUAGGUACUGGUACUGGUACUAGGUACUGGUACUAUGUAGGUAUCAUUACUCUCCCUAGAGAGACAACAAAUUAUCCCAGACUUUUAUUGGCAGUGCUAUUCCCUCUUAGAUGUGGAUAAUGGCUCCCCCCUCCCCCUACGGACAGACAGACAGACAGACAGACAGACCAGGCCUACAGUGGUGCUGGCUGUAACCCGUCUCUUCCUGUCAGGACCCCUUGUCCGGAUCCUUUGUGUUACCAGCGGUCGGUGCAGGAGUUGAACAAAGCUUGUGUUGAUUUGUUGAGUACUGAUUCCGUUCUCUCUCAGUGGAACAGAGGAAGGAACGUAGACUCCACGUCUCAGACAUGGAACCCUUUUAUAGGUUUUAUUUUUGUCAUGAAGAACCGUUUCAUUGUCUUCGGGAUCCGAAGAAGGUUUAUUUUUUCUUCUGUAUUGAAUCCAUUGUGUUGUUGCUAAGAUUUAAUUGUUGGCAGAAAAGGGCAAGGAAGAAUUGCAUAAUCUAUGCCAUUAAUUAAAUCGGCACCAAAUCCGAUUGAUGAAAGACGCUUUUGAAAGCCCAUCUCUCCCUCCCUUUGUGCCGGAGGCGUCCGGCCUGCCAAUGUCUCCCCCUCGGCCCGGGGCUAGGGUUAGGGUUAGACCGGGUCAUACCAAAGGAUCUCCAUAACCUGUUGGACUGAGCCCUGCUGUUCCCCACUCUCUGGUUGUUCCCCUCUCCGACCACAUGAACCCCGUACGUUUGAGACGUACCCACUCCCCCGCCCGUCCACAGCCACAGGGACGGCGCACGCAAGGACGGGCGUUUUCUGUUCCUCUCGUAACUGAACCCAGCUUCCCAAUCGUUUCAUACCUGGAAUAGGAGGAGAAUAUAUAUAAUAUAUAUAUAUAUGACGUUCCCUAACCUCAUCCCAACAGUAUGCAGUGCACUCUGUGUUGAUUAGAAAUAAAACGUGUUCCAAGUGACUACGACAAGAAUACAAUGGUGUUGGAAAUACUUGGUGUGCUUUGGAAGCCAUGCAGUAAUGACAGUUAUGACAUAAGAAAGAACAAUAGCUCGUAAACGUAUAUAUUCAUACAUGUUUAUACCAGAUUCAGCAUGACCAUGCCUUACCUAUAGUGUCAAAACCUAUAUCAAAAGGAAUGGCAAUAAAGUGUGUUUUACA